GUUUACAGAUUUCUUGAAAUCAUUUUCAAAGGAACUUCUUGUAUUCCAUUCCAAAUUGCCAUUAACUUUAAUUCGUUUUCUUUGGUAUUUAAUUAAGAAUACUAUGGAUUCGUCACAAAGCCAAUCCCAAACGGAGGGGUCGGCCCAAGAUGCACGCAUUUUGUGUCUGCAAAAUCUAAUCGAAAAGAAUAUUGAGAUAGAGCAACAGAUCGAAAGCACUACCUUUGGCCAGUCUAUCGCGGCCAUAGAGGAAAUCAUUCGAACAGCCAACGAUAUCAGCAAGGGACAUGAAGACCGCCGUACAAACUCCACGGAACUUGUCCUGGACACGGAGUUACUGCGUCGCAACCACGAAGUUGUGGGCAAAGCUAUCCAACACAACACCAACUUUACGGAUCGAAUGGUGGUCACGGCGAUCAACGAUUUGGUUUUCAAAGAGCACGAAGAGGAUUGGGAUGCAGUAUGUUCAUUGGCUAUUCAGUUCGGAAGAACGCUCUUUACCAACGACAGUAUGCUGCCCUUCAUAGAUGUUACUCCAAAGGAGGUUGUUCAAAAGCAACGUGCUCCCCGCAAACAGAAAUCUCAAGUAGAUGAGAAGCGUCCAGAAAAGAGUGACCAAUUGGAACGCAAGGACGAAGGAGCAGCGUCCGUGACCCACAUGAUGAAGCAAAUUAGACAAAUAUAUCGAGAAAGCGAUCAACAGCCGAUUCCGUAUUUUAAACUAAUUUGCAAUCCAAACAACUUCAUGGAAACCGUUCAGAACGCCUUGCAACUAUCCUUUCUUGUCAAGGAGAACUAUAUAUCCAUCGAAAACGGCGAGGAUGGUUUGCCAUUGGUCCGCGUUGUCAAUUCAAGAUCAGUAGAAGGAAACGAACCGGCUCAGGCUAUUUGUUCCAUCGAUGUUACCUUCUGUGAGAAAAUGGUUAAACACUACAACUUACGUGAGCCAAUGUUGACAAGACUUCCAGUUAGCGAAAGCUAGAUACAUAAAUUAGUUUCUAAUAGUAGUUUGUAAUGUUAUGAAUAAAACACACAGAACGCUUAAAGUUA